AUUGUCGACAAAACGCGCCGCGUGCCGUAUAGAUCCACAAGAACAGUGCCUCGAACACACCACAGUGCUGCAAACUACCGGGCGCGCUGCAUAAGACAACCGCUGACGCCCCCGCGCCGCCCGGGUAACAGCAAGAGGCCCAUUACCUCUCUGCCCCGCAAAGCCGGCGGCGCAACGCGGACGACGCGGACCACAGGGAAAUCCGCACAAGAACGACCAUAAACCAUGGCCUCCGGCGGCUACCGCCCCGCCAUGGGCGUCGAGCAGCAUUUGGCGACGAGCGUCGCGACGAACGGCGUCCCCGGCCAGAAGACGGAGCUCCAAGUCGGGACCGACUUCCCCAUCGUCUGCGAGACGUGCCUGGGCCCGAACCCGUACGUAAGGAUGAUCAAGUGUAGAUUUGGCGAGAAGCUCUGCAAGGUGUCGAACGUGCCGAUGCAAAGUUUUAGGUGGAAGGCCGGGCCGCACGGGCGGUUCAAGGAGACGAUCGUGUGUAGGGAGGUAGCAGUGGAAAAGAACAUCUGCCAGGCGUGUCUGUCGGACAUGACGUUUGGCGUUCCUGUGGGUGUUAGGGACGCUCUGUUACGGGCGGGAGGCGCCCCGGAACACGGCGGCUACGCCGAGGCUCUCUCGAACGCGAACCAGGCCCACUACUAUGGGCAAAGGCGAGCGGAGAUCGACCAAGGAGGGGCGCUCGGGAGCGCACAGCGGAUGGAGCCUUCCAGGGAGUUAUUAUCGUUAGCAAGGCAAAUCGAAUCCGCGAAUGCCAAGGCAGGGACCGCGUUUAGGAACCUACCGAAGAUUUGUUCGUUCUGGAUGGCCGGCACGUGUACUAGAGUGUCGAAAGGCACAUGUCCAUUUAGACCCUGUUGUGGCCUGUUCAAGUUCCCGGAGCUCGCGCGGAACCACCGGGACGAGUGUGCGGCUUUGGUGGAGGACCUGAAAGCAAAUGGCCCGGAAAAGGCCAUGGCGACCUGUCCGGUCGAGGUGCGGCAGAUGAUCAAGGACGCGCUCGGCGGCAACAAGGAAGAAGCAAUUCGCAAUAGAGCGUCGGGCCGGGACACGGACACGCAGGUCUACAUCAACCGUAGUAAGGAGCAGAAGAAGAUCGAAAAGCCCGCCGAUCAGUCUGUGACGACGCUGUGGGUCGGCGCGACGGAGGGCGUGACCGAGGCGGAUUUAGUUGAUGCGUUCUAUAGCUAUGGGGAGCUCAAAGCCGUCCGCCUGGCGAACAACUGCGCCUUCGUCGAGUUCGCGGACCGGGAGUCGGCGGAGAGGGCCGCGGACGCGAAAUAUCGGAAUCUGGUCAUCAAGGGGAACUCGCUGCCGCUCGACUGGGCGCGGCCGCGCGGCGGUCCCUCGCAGAAGCGCGAUGCGGACGAGGUGGGCCUGCCCGGCGUGCUCCCGGGCCAACAGGCGCCUGCGCUGCGCCCGGAGCUCGCCGCGGCCUUUGGUCUAGAGGCCCAACAGGGCGCGGCCGGGCCUCCCCAAAAGAAGGCGCGGCGGCCGCCGCACGCGCCGUACCCGUCCAUGGACCCGAACCGGCUCGGGUCGCGGCCGCCCGGGGCGCCGCCGCCGGGGCCGCCGCGUCGGGGGUAA